GAGUGCUAAUAGCUACCGCAAAAAGGUCUCCAAUAGAAGAAGAGGACGGAGAUGAAGCCCGGAAACUCAGAUGGCGGAGCAACCGCUCCGCUCCUCCCCAAGCUCCAGCCACCGCCGGAAGAUCCUUCUUCAAGCGGUGGCGCGUCAAUUUCCGGGGCCGUAUUCAACGUUUCCACGAGCAUGAUAGGCGCCGGAAUCAUGUCAAUUCCGGCGACUUUCAAGGUAUUGGGCGUAAUUCCGGGCUUCGUUCUCAUCCUAAUCGUCGCUUUCUUGGUGGAGAUCACGGUGGAGUUUCUUCUGCGGUACACGAAUUCCGGCGAGUCGAUCAGUUACGGCGGUCUCAUGGCGGAGUCAUUCGGCAAAUUCGGAUCCAUUGCUCUGCAAGUUUGCGUCAUGGUUACGAAUCUCGGUGCACUCAUCAUUUAUUUGAUUAUAAUCGGGGAUGUGCUGUGUGGGAAUCAAUCUGAAGGAACAUUGCAUUUGGGGAUUCUGCAAGAGUGGUUUGGCAUCCAGUGGUGGAAUUCGCGCGCAUGUGCGCUCCUUGUCGUCGUGCUCUUCGUUAUGUUUCCAUUCCUGUUAUUACGUAACAUAGAAUCCCUAAAGCAUGCUUCAGCAGUGUCCAUUCUACUAGCAGUGUUGUUUGUGGCCAUAUGCUCAGCAAUGGCACUUCAUGCAAUGUGGGAAGGGAAAACUCAAAGGCCAAGACUAGUACCAGACUUUGCCAAUGGAGUGUCUGUCUUUGAUCUUUUCACUACCAUUCCAGUAUUUGCCACUGGCUUUGGAUGCCAUGUAAAUGUUCAUCCAGUGAGAGCAGAGCUCAGUAGACCUUCUGAUAUGAGCUCAGCGGUCAGAAUUUCUCUACUACUCUGCGUUAUCAUCUACUUCGCAGUAGGUUUCUUCGGAUACCUUCUAUUCGGGGAUUCAAUCAUGUCCGAUAUGCUCGUCAAUUUCGAUCAAAAUUCUCAAACAGCCAUUGGUUCGCUGCUCAACGAUGUUGUUCGGGUCAGCUAUGCCAUCCACCUCAUGAUGGUUUUCCCAGUGAUGAAUUUCUCUCUGAGGGCCAAUGUAGAUGAACUUUUCUUCCCAAGGAAGCCUGUGUUGGCCAGAGACACCCCCAGAUUUGUAUCUCUCACUUGUGUUCUGCUCACAGUCAUAUACUUGGUGGCAAUAGCAAUUCCGAACAUAUGGUAUUUCUUUCAGUUCAUGGGGACUACCACUGUCAUGUUCCUCAUGUUCAUCUUCCCAAGUGCAAUAAUUCUAAGAGAUGUUCAUGGUAUAUCUACGAGGAGGGAUAAGAUCACAGCGGUGGUGGUGAUCGUGCUGGCCGUGGGAACGAGCUUGAUUGCCAUAGCCUCUAAUGUGUACAGUUCAAUUAGCAAAAAGUGAAUUUUCUUUUCUCUUUGUGUUUUUCAUUUUCUUCCAUUUUUCUUGGUCUGGAGAGGAUGAUAGGUUUGAAAGUAGAUAUAGUCACUACACCAGCUUCUGACCAAGACAUAUUUAAUAUGAUUAUUUCCAUUGUUCUUCACUGUUGCUAAAAUGAAGAAACUAUAUUUCACCAAAA